GUGGCAGGACGAUGUCCAUACGUACGUUUCCUUCAGAUGAAGACGUGUGAAGGACAGAAGAGACUUCAGGUUGCAUAACGAUGGGGGAAAGCAAAGACACGGGUGUCUGACUGAAGCAGACCUCGGUGCAUUCGUUUCACGCCUGGAAGAAGGAGGCAGCUGUGAGGAUUUUUUUUUUUUUACGUGGAGACUGAGGCGCUGGUUUGUUUUUGGUUUUGAUUUCUCACCUGGAUGCUGAGGAGGCUCGCAUGAUGGACUUCACUUACCUCUGGCUCCUCACCACAACUCUGAUGUUGAUCCAGCAGCAUCAAGUCUCUACGUUCACUGUGAAGAGUCCCACAGCGAAGGAAGGCCCCCAGGCGCAGCUCGCCCAUGAGGCCCACCUGCGUGAGAAACGCUGCUCCUGCGAGAACCAGAAAGACAAGGAGUGUAUUUUUUUCUGUCACAUUGGCAUCGUCUGGGUCAACACUCCGAGCCACGUGGUGCCGUACGGAUUCGGUUCGGUGCGACUGAGGAGGGAGAUCAGCCGCUGCCUCUGCACCGACCCAGAGGACAGGAAGUGUCAGAGCUUCUGCUCCGUCCAGACGCAACAAGGUGAAAACAAGAGGAAGCCAGAGAGGCAGCUGAAGAGACACCAAGGUGCAUUGUGGGAAAAAAGGAGCAGACACGUACUCAGACAUCAGACCUGAGAGAGAGGAGGCACCACAGCAGCAGCAGAAGUCCUUUAAUGUAUCAGACAUAAGUAAUAAUGGACCCUUUUGGCCGCCUGGCGGCAGUUUGUACGGUGUGUGUUUAUGUAAAUGUCUCCGUGGUGAAGUGUUAGUGACAGGAGAGCCGACCACUGACAAACGUGUCUCUGUAACAUUUGGCUGAAGCGACGUGAAGAGUUGAAGGAGCUGAAGAGCUGAAGAGUUGAAGAAUUGAAGGAGCCGUUGUGUUUCUGGAUGAUCUCAGCUGAGCCGUCACGUUGGGGGAUAGAAGACACCUCCGACCAGGCUGCUACCAGACGUUAGACAGGCCCUCAGCUGAAAACCUCACAUCACCAACCCCCCCACCAGCUCCACACAAAAAGCAAAACACUUUGAGCAUCUCCAAACGAACUUUGAAAAUGUUUGAAGGUAAAAUUGAGUUUUAGAGUCUGAGGCGAAAGCAACAAACACAAUAAAAUAAUUGAUCUCUCCAUUUCCAUUGGUUGUUAUGUGGGUGAGAGGAUGCCC